AUGAGCGGAUACAACUACGGUGACAGAGGUUACCCGGAUAGGCGAUACGAAGGACCACGUGGGGGAAGAGGAGGCUACCGUGGAGGUAGAGACCACUACAGAGGUUCUGGCUAUAGAGGCCGUGGAAGAGGAGCUCCAAGAGGAAGAGAAUACAGAAGAGAUUAUGGAGACCCAAGGGACCCCAGGGAUAGAGAGCCACGUUACAGAGAUCCUAGGGACCGUGAUCCCAGAGACAGCUACCCCAGAGACAGCUACCCUAGAGACAGCUACCCUAGAGACAGCUACCCCAGAGAGAGAGAUCCAAGGGAACUAGAUCCAAGAGACAGAGAUCCCCGGGAUAGAGACCCCAGGGAAAGGGAUCCAAGGGAUAGAGAUCCAAGAGAGUACAGAGAAGAAGAUAGGAGGGACGACUACAGAGAACGUGAGCCCUCAUAUAGCAGGGACAGACCGCUGCCUCGAGAUAGCAGGGAUGGGCACUACUCAGACUACAGAGACAGAGAUAGAAGAGAGUUCACCAAGGAGCCAAGCCGCAGCAAGUCUGUGGGUACGCCCAAACAUGAUACAUCGUCGCCUCGGCACAUUCCAAGCUCGGGUACUUCCCCUAGAGCAUCCAGAGAUCAAGGUAGCUCUGCUUCCACAUACACAGACCCAUGGAUCUCCAUACUACAUAUCAGGGAUGGCAAAGUGGCCCUGCGCCUAGAAGCACGUCACCAAGAGCUUGUCAAUGUAAAUAGGUCCCUUGGGCUGUUACAAGCGCAGGUGCACAAGCUCAAAGCCCACAUGGACCUUCUAGAUGUUUAUGCCAAGAGGGACGCCUUGAAUGUGGAAAUGACAUCCGAGAAGCUCGAUGAGUUUACCUUUUUGUGA